CCAAACCCACAACAUGACAUACCUUCCUUCCAAGACAUUCAAAGCACCUCCAUAGCUAAAAGGAGUAGACCUCAAGAAUUCUCUCUCCCACUCUGAAUUUCUGCUUCCACGAAAGAUUGAAACUUUCAGUUCGAUUCCAUUUGCAAACAAGCAACAAUCAGAACGAAGAGAAAUAAUAUGCUAGAAAUGGACGACGGCACUUCGAAGCCUCCACAAAUCUCCGAAAUGUUUCAGAAAUUCGCUCUGGCUUUCAAGGCCAAAACUUUCGAGUUCUUCGCCGAGGAGGAAGCCGACGACGCCGACAGCUUCGCGCUACUGGAUUCUGCCGAAGAGGUCAUCACGGACCAGAAGGUCGUCGUCAUCAAACCGGACACGGCGGCGGCGAACGGCAACGCUCCGGAGAUAGAAUUAAAGCAGGAGAAGCCGAAUUCGAGCGAGAACCAGGUGAAGAAACCGGAGGUUUUGGCAGUUUCAAGGCCUUUGAGGCGGACUCGGAUCCGACCCAUGAAUACCCAGAUGACCCAGACUCUGAUUUCAUCGAUUUUUGCCACGGUUUCGUCGUUUGAAGCUUCGUAUCUGCAAUUGCAGACUGCCCAUGUGCCGUUUGUGGAAGAAAAUGUGACGGCAGCUGAUCGAGCUCUGGUCUCUCACCUCCAGAGGCUCUCAGAAUUCAAGCAGUUUUACAGAGAUUUUUGUACGAGUUCUGAUUCGGGUUCUGAUUUGCCAAUUGGGUCCUGCUUGGAAGCUCAGGUACAGGAUAAUCAGAGCAAGCUCAGGACUUUGGGAACAAUGUCGAACAGGUUGCAGACAGAGAUAGAUCAAAAGGACAAUGAAGUUACGGCCCUGCGGAAAAAAUUGGGUGAGAUUCAAAAGUCUAAUGUGAAAUUGUCUAAGAGGUUAUCUGCUACUUUGAAUUCUUCUUGUGAUGUUUUGUUGUCCGUUAGAGUUUUCGAUUCGGUUUUGCAUGAUGCUUGUAGAUUAACACACAGAUUUACAAAGAUUUUGAUAACUUUGAUGGAGAAAGCUGGGUGGGAUUUAGAUUUGGCUGCUAAUUUGGUUCAUCCGGAUGUUGAUUACGUUAAAAGAGCGCAUAACCAGUAUGCUUUCUUGUCGUAUGUUUGUUUGGGAAUGUUCAAAGGUUUCGAUUUGAAAGGUUUUGGUUUAGAUGAGGAAGAAAUUUCGUGUAAUGGGCAUGGUACGGAUGUGGAUAAGAAGAAUGGUUCCUUGAAGCAGUUGCUUGAGCAUGCGUCUAGCAAUCCAAUGGAGUUGUUAAGUAGGAAUCAAAAUUGUGAAUUUUCAAGAUUUUGUGAGAGCAAGUAUCAAGAGAUUAUCCACCCCACUAUGGAAUCUUCAAUCUUUAGUAAUUUGGAUCGAAACCAAGUUGUGUUGAGUUCAUGGAGGUCUUUGAGUGUAUUCUAUGAGUCAUUCGUUAGCAUGGCGAGCUCGAUAUGGAUGCUCCAAAAGUUGGCGUAUUCCUUUGAUCCAGCAGUUGAGAUAUUCCAAGUGGAAAGAGGUGUUGAUUUUUCGAUGGUUUAUAUGGAAGAUGUCACUAGGAGAAUGUUAUUGCCUUGUAAAGCCAGGAUGAAAGUUGGUUUUACAGUGGUUCCGGGUUUUAAGAUUGGAAGGACAGUAAUUCAAUCCCAGGUAUAUUUAAGUGGCUUGAAAUGUACAGAGUAGUCGCAAGGCAUGUCCUGCUGUUUACGACAAUGAUAUAGGCAAGACAGGAGGUGAUCAGGAUUAGGCUGUUGAUCUUACAUGCUUGGAUUGUCGGAUGGAAUUCAACGUAUGUAAGUUGGAGGUAAAUUGAAGGAUGUAUCCGUUACAAUGCUCAGGACGGAAACACUGUGUAAUAUGCAUUCAAUGAAGAUGCUGUUGCCUUAUAUGAUGCUGGACUUCUUUCCACAGAUAUAUGUUACCUGGUUUGUGACUUUGAUUUUUCUUUGUAUAUGGUUUUCUAUGUAGAAUCAACUGUAUAGAGCCUUUGUCUCCUCUUCUUUGCGCUAAUUCCGACACAAAUCGAAUGACAAGUUGUGAACCCUAAUUCCUAAUUAGUUCUGGUAUUAUUGGGGAAAAAUGAAGAACUUCCUGACAUUUCAAUUACAAUGUUAUCUCACAAAUACAUUAUCUUGUUCCCUGAAAGUUAUGUCAUUUAGGUAUAUACUUUUGCAA